ACCGCGUGAGCAGCGCCCGGCGAGUCCCUGCCCGACUCCAGCGCCCCGCGAGGGGUUGCGGGCAGUCAGGACAGUCGAACUGAACCGGGCCGGUGCUGCUGCUGCCACCUUCCUUUCGCCCCUGCGAGGCGCUCAGCCCGUGUCCCAACGCGGACCCCCUGCCCCGGCGGCGGCGAGGUCCGAGAGCUGCAGCUCUCCUGGUGAAGUGACGCCACCCCCUGGGAGUCCAGCUCACAGCACGGGCACCAUCGUCCAGGACCCACUGGACCUCCAUGGGUGCAUGAGGACGGGGUGCCAGGGCUGCGGGCACGAGCAUGGUGAGACACCAGCCGCUGCAGUACUACGAGCCACAGCUGUGCCUGUCCUGCCUCACGGGCAUCUAUGGCUGCCGCUGGAAACGCUACCAGCGCUCACACGAUGACACCACACCGUGGGAACGCCUCUGGUUCCUGCUGCUCACCUUCACCUUCGGCCUCACUCUCACCUGGCUCUACUUCUGGUGGGAAGUCCACAACGACUACGAUGAGUUCAACUGGUACCUCUACAACCGCAUGGGCUACUGGAGCGACUGGUCCGUGCCCAUCCUCGUGACCACGGCCGCCACCUUCACCUACAUCUACGGCCUCGUGAUCGGACUGGUGGUCACCCUGGUGGCCACAGUGGUGGCCAUGUCCACCGUGGCCCAGCUCUGGGAGGACGAGUGGGAAGUGCUGCUGAUCUCCCUGCAGGGCACAGCCCCGUUCCUGCACUUGGGGGCCCUGGCCGCCAUCACAGCCCUCUCCUGGGUCGUGGCGGGACAGUUUGCCUGCGCAGAACGGACCUCCUCCCAGACGGCCAUUCUCUGUCCCUUCUUUGCUGUGGUGCUGGCCCUCUACCUGGCCCCCCUUUCCAUCUCCUCCCCAUGCAUCAUGGAGAAAAAGGACCUGGGACCCAAGCCUGCCCUCAUAGGCCACCGCGGGGCCCCUAUGCUGGCCCCCGAGCACACGCUGAUGUCCUUCCAGAAGGCCAUGGAGCAGAAGCUGUUUGGGCUCCAGGCUGAUGUCACCAUCAGCCUGGACGGUGUGCCCUUCUUGCUGCAUGACACCACCCUGAGACGCACCACCAAUCUCCACCAGACUGACCCCUUCUGGACAGCUGGCUCCCUGUCUCCCGCUGACCUCAGGGAGGCCCAGAACCAGUCCCUCUGCAGCCUGGCAGAGCUCCUGGAGCUGGCCAAGGGCAACACCUCGCUGCUCCUCAACCUCCGCGACCCCCCGCGGGGCCACCCCUACCUCGCCAGCUUCCUCAACGUCACGCUGGAGGCUGUGCUUCGCUCCGGCUUCCCCCAGCACCGGGUCAUGUGGCUGCCGGACAAGCUCAGGCCCCUGGUGCAGAAGGUGGCCCCCGGCUUCCAGCAGACGGCUGGCUCCAAGGAGGCAGUGGCCAGCCUGCGGCGCGGCCACAUCCAGUGGUUGAACUUGCGCUACACUCAGGUGUCCCGCCAGGAGCUCAGGGACUACGCCUCCUGGAAUCUGAGUGUCAAUCUCUACACGGUCAACGCCCCCUGGCUCUUCUCCCUGCUGUGGUGCUCCGCUGUCCCAUCCGUUACCUCCGACAACGCCCAAGCCCUGGCCCAGGUGCCUUCCCCACUCUGGAUCAUGCCUCCGGACGAGUACUGUCUCAUGUGGGUCACCGCCGACCUGAUCUCCUUCACCCUCAUCGUGGGCAUCUUCGUGUUUCAGAAGUGGCGCCUGGGUGGCAUUCGGAGCUACAACCCCGAGCAGAUCAUGCUGAGCGCCGCAGUGCGCCGGACCAGCCGGGACGUCAGCAUCAUGAAGGAGAAGCUCAUCUUCUCAGAGAUCAGCAACGGCGUGGAGGUCUCCGAUGAGCUUUCCGUGUGUUCAGACAACAGUUACGACACUUACGCCACCAGCUCCACCACCCCAGUGGACCCCCGAGGGGCCAGCAGCCAAGCCAAGAGCCUCACAGACAGGAGUGGGCACUAGCAGAAGACCCUCCUGUCCCAGCCUGUACAUAAAGCAGAAAUGGCGGAGCCGGGAGGCCAGGCUCUGGAGCUGGUUCUGGGCCUCCCCCCUGGUCAGCCAUGGGCAUGGCCUCUCUUCCACUGGGCCAGGACUCUAGCCUCCAAUGCCCCUGCAGGCCCAGGGCUCCAGGAAGAGCAGAGCAGGCCCCAGUCCCCGCACUACGUGCAGCCUCCUGACCGCAGCCGUGCCGUGCGGUGCCCUCUGUGGAAGUCUGGGUUGUCCACAUGCCCGUGUUCCUGUUUGCGCCAUGAAGGUUGACGUCUCCGUUCUCCUCCUGCCUCAAGGCUUGGGCUGGGCCUCUCCCUUGCCCCUCUGUUCUUCACCUCAGCCUCAAAGCACAAGGAACUCCAGCCCAGAGGGAGUGGACGAGACAUGGCCCCUCUCUGGCCAGCCACCCACCAUGCCAGCCCUGCCUCGGGAGAGGACCUGAGCCAUGGCCCCUGGGAGCAGCCGGAGAUGGCUGCUGGACCCCGGUCCAACAGGCCCAAGGGGGCGGUGCAGCCCUAAGCCCAGGGACACAGUCUGACAGACGCCAGAGGUUCCCAUGCCGAUAGCCACAGUUCAGGCGCCACCUGUGAAAUGAGCUCUGGGCACAGUCAGGACAAUGUGCCCGAGGAGGCUGCCGUGGUGGGGCCUGAGAGGCCUCAGUCAAGAGGAAUAAAGCUGCCAUCUCGA